AAGGUGGCGGUAAUGCACACCAUAAGGUUGCUUGCCAACCGCCAUUAAACCAAAGAAGAAGAAGAAGAAAUAGAGGAAGAAGAAGAAAAAGCGGUUGCUAUUGGUUGACAACAGUCAUGGAGAAGGAGCAGCACAACAUUGUUGUAUUCAAUGCCUCCAAAAGGGAGUUGUUUACCACUCACAAUGGAUACAAAGCCAUGCAGAAGCAACUCAGGAAUCAAUGGAAAAUUCAAAGUAUGAAGGAAGAGUUGACUUUGGACAAGAUGAAAGGCGUCAAAUUGUGGAUAACAGCUGGGCCAAGAGAGAAAUUUACAGCAUCAGAGCUGCAAGUACUGAAGCACUACCUCGAUGUUGGAGGAAAUGUCCUUGUCAUGCUUGGGGAAGGAGGAGAAAAAAAAUUUGACACAAACAUCAACUUUCUCCUGGAGGAGUUUGGAAUUAUGGUCAAUAAUGAUUCCGUUUUUAGGACCAGGUAUUAUAAAUACUAUCAUCCAAAGGAGGCCCUUGUGUCUGAUGGUGUGUUGAACAGGGAGAUCAGCCGUGCUGCUGGAAAACCAAUGUUCGGAAUAAGUGAAGAUGAAAAUAUUGGAAAUAACACUCAGGCUCUUUCAUUUGUGUUCCCAUACGGUGCAACAUUGAACGUAAUGAAGCCAGCUGCGGCUGUCCUUUCAACUGGCUCCAUCUGCUUCCCCCUCCACAGGCCAGUGGUGGCUUUCUAUCAUGGAAAGGAGACAGGUAAAUUGGUGGUAGUGGGUUCUUGCCACAUGUUCAGCGAUCAGUUCAUAGAGAAGGAGGAGAACAGUAAAAUCCUGGGUGUUCUGAUCCAAUGGCUCAUGACCGAUAACAUUCACCUGAAUCAGAUUGACGCGGAAGACCCAGAGAUCACAGAUUACACCAUGCUGCCACACAUCGGGUCUUUGUCGGAACAGCUCACACAGUACUUCCAAGAGGGAGAUGAAAACCCCAGAGACUUCACUUCUCUCCUGGAUGUUUCUUUUUUCAAUCUGUCGACCGACACUUUACCUCAGGUCAUCAGCGUGUAUAAGCAUCUCAAUGUCAAAGAUGAACCGCUUCAGCUGAUUGCACCGCAGUUUGAGACCCCUCUGCCUCCGUUACAACCUGCAGUCUUUCCUCCAAUCUUGAGCGAUUUGUCCCCUCCAAUGCUGGAUUUGUUUGAUUUGGAUGAAUCCUUCUCUUCUGAGAAAGUGCGCUUGGCACAACUCACCAAUAAAUGUACAGAUGAUGAUCUCGAGUUUUACAUUCGGAAAUGCGGUGAAAUUUUGGGCGUGACUCCAAAGCUGGAUAAAGACCAGAGGGAUGCAAAGCACAUACUGGAACACAUUUUCUUCCAAGUAGCGGAGUUCAAGAAGCUCAAUCAGGAGCAUGAUGUCAACACGGAGCCACGGUUCACCCCAUCUUGACUGGACCUCAGAAUGCACUGCUAACGAUAUUUGACAUUCCAAAGUGGCACUGUCAUAGUGACCACAUGUAUUUUAUAUGAGCUUCAUAUUUUAUAUAUACGUUUAAAUGCAAAAUAUAUUGUUAAUAUUCAAGCAAAUAAAGUCAUUGAUACUUCCAUUAAAUUUUGA